UGCGGCGCGGGCGGACGCGGCGCGGCUGGGCGUGGCGCUAUCCCUGGACUGGCAGGACCCGCGGCUGGAGGGGCCCCUUGUAACUGCAGGGUUCUCUGUUGGCCAUGGCUGCUGUUGACAGUUUCUACCUCUUAUACAGGGAGAUUGCCCGGUCUUGCAAUUGCUACAUGGAAGCUUUAGCUUUGGUUGGAGCCUGGUACACUGCCAGAAAAAGCAUCACCAUCAUAUGUGACUUUUACAGCUUGAUCAGACUGCAUUUCAUCCCUAGAUUGGUGAGCAGAGCAGAUCUCAUUAAGCAAUAUGGAAGAUGGGCAGUUGUCAGUGGUGCCACAGAUGGUAUUGGAAAAGCCUAUGCUGAAGAAUUAGCAAGCCGGGGUCUCAAUAUUGUCCUCAUCAGCCAGAAUGAAGAAAAGCUGCACAAGCUUUCCAAAACCUUAGCUGAGACCUACAAAGUUGAGACAGAGAUUAUAGUCGCAGACUUCUCCAAUGGCCGUGGAAUUUACUUGCUUAUUAGAGAGGCUUUACAGGACAGAGACAUUGGUAUCUUGGUGAAUAAUGUUGGAGUAUUUUAUCCCUACCCACAGUAUUUUACUCAAGUCUCUGAAGAAAAACUGUGGGACAUUAUUGACGUCAACAUUGCGGCUGCCAGCUUGAUGGUCCAUAUAGUAUUGCCAGGGAUGGUGGCAAGGAGGAAGGGGGCGAUUGUGAACAUCUCCUCUGGCUCUUGCUGCAAACCCACACCCCAGAUGACCGCGUACUCGGCGUCAAAGGCUUACUUAGACCACUUCAGCAGAGCAUUGCAAUAUGAAUAUGCUUCUAAAGGAAUUUUUGUACAGAGUUUAAUUCCAUUCUCUGUAGCUACAAAUGUGAAAGCAUGCAGGAGCUUUCUACAUGGCUGCUCUUGGUUGGUGCCAUCACCAAAAGUAUAUGCACAUCAUGCAAUUGCUACUCUUGGAAUCUCGAAAAGGACCACAGGGUACUGGUUUCAUUCAAUUCAGUUUCUUUUUGCACAGUAUAUGCCAGAAUGGCUCUGGGCUUGGGGAGCAAAUAUUAUCAACAAUUCCUUGCGUCAUGAGGCCUUAUCCCAUAGAUUGUGAACCUGGAUAUGUCCGUCAUGAGGCCUUAUCCCAUAGAUUGUGAACCUGGAUAUGUCAUCUUAGGAAGUCUUGCCAAAUUAUGUGAAUCUACAGUAUUCAGAGCUUUGGAAGAACAACACUUCAUUUUAAUUGUGUAUUUGCUCUUAACUAUUUUGCUGGCACCUUAUUGUUGCAUCAUUGAUAAAGCAGACAUGGUACUUUUAAAGAAUACUGGGGAGCUGCCUGAAGGCGUUGGCACAGGGUUAAUAUUGAAUGUGAUGAGAACUGAUUUAGGAAGCCUAGAGUUGGGUAUUCCUUUUUUUAUGUAAGCUACAGGAAAAACUGUGUCAGUGAGUCAGUGUUGUGCUAUGAACCAAGAUGAACUGAAAUUGAAAUGUUCACAAUUUGACUUGUCGGGUCUUUUCAUUUUAAAUCUUAUUGUUUUAAGAGUGGUCAUGUGUUUUGUUAAAGAAUUGUAAUUUCUCUUCUAAAAAUAACUGGAAAAGGUGUGUUUAAAGAACUAUUUUGAAGCUUAAAAUGGCUGGUGUUAGUAGCUGUAGAAAUCCAACUACCUAUGUGUCUUGUAUUACAUAGAUCUUGUCAUUUGAAUUUUUUUCUGAUGAAAUUGCUGCUUUCCAUUCAAAAACAGAAUUGUAUUAGCUAAGUUUGAAAAUUGAUCAUAUUUAGAAAAUGAUGAGAUCUAAAGGAGCAACUUUAUAACUACUGGGCAAAUCAGUUAAAGAUAUACGUAAAAUGGCGCUAUUUAGAAAAUGGUGAGAUCUAAAGGAGCAACUUUAUAACUACUGGGCAAAUCAGUUAAAGAUAUACAUAAAAUGGCGCUGAGUGGGAGUUUCAUGGAUUUAAACCAUCACAAAAGAAAAGCUUCUCUAAUUUUGUGAUCCUGUAUAAGUCUAAAAGUAUAAGUUACUACUUUCUGUCAAGUUCUUCCCUACUUUGGAACUAACCUUUUGCCAGAGCUGCAAAUACAUUAUAAAGUAUCGCGAGCAUUUCUUUAAUUUAUACAAUUCUUUUGGAUAAUACAGUGAUUUUCAGUGUUUUGUGUUUUGUUUUUUUUUUUUUUUUUACUGAAAUCUUGCCCUUUAGAAAGAAAAUUAUCUCACAAUUUUCUAUGUGAUAAUCAGUUCCAGUAGCACUUAUUGGUACAAACAAAAUUGUUUGCUGAGGUAGUUAAGAUGUGGAGUAAUUAUGUACUAUGUAUUUUAUCUGAUGAAAUCAUAACAGAUUUAGAAAUGUAAUCUUAGUUUGUGCAAUGAAUGUAAUGAAUAAAAUGAAAAUUGUGUUGGAGUAAAACGACUAAAACUGCUUAGACAGGGUUAGUUCUGAAAUAUAAUGUGUGUGACAUUUUUGGUUUAGAUCAUAGUAUCCUGUUUGAAAACUCUUGUUGUGAAAACCAUCCAAACUGUGAAACUCUAUUCAAAUGUAAAGUAUUGUUAUUAUUUACAUGUUGAUAAUUCUGCAUUUAAUUUUGUGAGUCCAGUGAAGAUAUAUUGCGUAUUCAUGAGCCUGGUAAAAUUAUUUAAGAAUCA